GCGAAUGAUAUUAAUUACCGGAAACUGGCCGACGGCUUUGCAUGUGAUUCGUGAAUGACAAGUCUUAUUAAUUUAUAACUAUCGUUUUACAUUUCAGUUUGAUAAAAAGACUCCUUUACAGGAUGGCAAAAAAUAUGGAAUUACUAACUGAAUUACUAAAAAUUAAUGUUUUCAAGCUGGGUGAAUUUACUCUGAAAAGCGGUGUUCCUUCUCCCAUUUACAUCGAUCUGCGAGCGAUUAUAACAUUUCCUGACAUUGUGAAGAAAAUAGUCGAGGACAUACGUGUUAAACAAAAUGAAUCUAAUAUCCAAAUGGAUGUCAUAUGUGGAGUACCGUACACUGCUCUACCUAUUGCAUCAGUAUUUUCUGUCCUUUACUCUACUUCUAUGAUAAUGAAAAGAAAGGAAGCCAAAAAUUAUGGUACCAAAAAAAUGGUGGAAGGAAUUUUCACGAAAGGUAUGAAGUGUUUAAUUAUUGAAGAUAUUGUUUCUAGUGGCUCAAGUAUCGUCGAAACAGUUGAAGUAUUGAGAAAGGAAGGAUUGAUUGUUACUGACUGUAUCGCUAUUUUAAAUAGAAUGCAAGGAGGAAAGGAGAAUCUAGCUAACAAUGGUAUAACUCUGCACUCGUUGUACAAUAUUAAUGAUUUAUUUAAAAGAUACUGCGAAAUAAACGAAGUAGACAAGACUCUCGUUAAAAAUGUAACUAAUUACUUAAAAAGUAAUUCAUACAUUCCCAUGAAAGUAAUUCCUUCUGAUAUUACCAAACCAUUUCAAGAAAGAGCUUCAUUAUGCAAACAACCUGUAUUAAAACGCUUAUUUAAUAUCAUUAAGGAAAAAGAAAGUAAUUUGUGUGUAUCAGUCGAUGUUGUUCAUUCUAAGCAUCUUCUGGAGAUCACAGAAAAAGUAGGUCCGCAUAUAUGCAUGCUUAAAACCCAUAUCGAUGUUUUAAAUGAUUUCACCCCAGACGUUGCAAAUUCAUUGGAAUCCUUAUCUCGCAAAUUCAAUUUUCUUAUUAUGGAAGAUCGCAAGUUUGCCGACAUAGGCAAUACCGUUAUGCAUCAAUAUUCAGAUGGAUUGUACAAUAUCAGUCAAUGGGCCGAUAUCGUUACCGUGCACGGAAUACCGGGAUCAGGCAUCAUCGAAGCUUUGAAGUUAUCGAGUAAAGGACAAGAGCGUGCGUGCAUACUGAUAGCCGAAAUGAGUUCAAAGGGUGCACUUACUGAUGAAUCCUAUAGGAAUAAAGUUAUUGAAAUGGCAAAGGAACAUCUUGAUUUUGUUAUAGGAUUUGUUUGCCAGCAAAAACUUUUAGGGGAUGAUAAUAUUAUUCACAUGACCCCUGGUGUGAAUAUUUCUGCCGAGGGCGAUACUUUAGGACAACAGUAUAAAUCUCCCGAAUCUGUUAUAAGCAAUGGAACAGAUGUUAUCAUCGUAGGCAGAGGUAUUUGCAAUGCUGAGGAUAUUGUUUAUGAAGCUGUACAAUACAAAACAAGAGGUUAUAGUGCUUACCUUAAAAAAUGCCAGGUUUAAAAAUGAAGUGCCUAGCAAAAGUCAAUGAUUUUUUAGAUUAAAUAAACAUUUUGUUCCUAAAUGCAUUUAAAAAUAAAUUGUUGUAAACUUUAUUAAUCUGUUUAGUAAAAACAAACUCGCAGAACCUGUGACCAUGGACUAGAUUUAUCUUUCAAAGCUUAUAACUUAGCCUCUGAACAACUUUAUUAAUAAAAAUCUUUUUUUUUUCAAUAAAAUAUAUAUAUGAAUAUUAAAAGAGGUUAUUUUGAGCCUUCAAAAAAAAUUACCUUUGGAUUUGUCAUCCUGCUCUUUUAAUCACUUAUUGUCUUAGUGCAGGCCUGAAUAUUAAAACCAUUUUGUUUAAGUUUUUAAUUAUUUAUGGCAGUCAGUUCAGUUUUUGCAGAAAAAUUUAUCAUGAAUUUUACUUCCCACUAUGUAAAUACAUGUUACUUUAAAUUGUGAUCUAAAUGCUUACAAUUUUACCUUAUUCGAGUUAGCCUCCAACGUGCCAAUUUUUAGUUUUUGUGGCCUGCCAUCAAAAGAAGGCUGUACAUUCCUUGUAAAAGAAUAAAAUGUUUUAUUAAUUUUU